UCCUCGAUAGUACGAACUACGGAACUUAGCAAGAGAAACCGAACGGAACCGCGGGCCAGCUGCAAGGUGCUGUUUGGUAACAUGGAAAACUCUAAUCUGGACACGGAAAGGAUGCUCCAAGUCGGGAAAGAAGAAGCAUACUCAUCAGCUUCAUCAUCAUCUUCAACACAACAAGAGAAUUGGGCAGAAGCUCAAGAAUUUCUAAAGAAGAAGCUAAUUACAGAAGACGAUUUCACUUGGAAAAUACCCAGACCCAGAAGCGAAAAUCCAAGAAGAUUCAUAGAAGAGGAAGAAGAAGAAGAGGUGGGGGAGGUUUUGAAGUAUGUGGGUGGAGUUGAUAUAAGCUUUUCGAAGGAAGACCCAUCACUUGCAUGUGGGUCCCUUCUGGUUUUGGACCUCCAUAGCCUCCAAGUUGUCUAUGAAGAUUUCUCAGUUGUCACACUUAAUAUUCCUUAUGUUCCUGGCUUCCUUGCUUUCAGAGAGGCUCCAGUGCUUCUUGGGCUUUUGGAGAAAAUGAAAAGUAAUUCUAGUCCUUUCUAUCCACAGGUGCUAAUGGUAGAUGGAAAUGGAAUACUUCAUCCUCGAGGUUUUGGCUUGGCUUGUCAACUAGGCGUUUUGGGUAAUCUCCCUACUAUUGGGAUUGGAAAGAAUUUGCACCAUGUGGAUGGUCUUACCAUUUCUGGAGUGAGGCAACUUCUUAAAUGCAAAGAACAUGAUGGUGAAGAUUUUAUUCCUUUGACAGGAUGCUCUGGACGCAUAUGGGGAGUGGCAAUGAGAUCCACAGAAGGCUCAUUCAAGCCUAUAUUUAUUUCAAUUGGCCACCGUAUAUCACUUGAUACUGCCAUCACAAUUGUUAAAAUGACUUGCAAGUAUCGUGUGCCAGAGCCUACCCGACAGGCAGAUAUACGGUCAAGAGACUACCUUCGGAAACAUCAUCUGGGGAUGCCUAGACGAUUGUCAGUUGAGGUCAAUGGAUUGAAAGAGGUCUUCUUGUGUUUAACUAUGAGAUGGAGGCCUUCUAGAAUUUGCUGUAACUGAAAAGUUUCCAGGAUGGCAAAAACACUAGGUGUGAAGCAGUAAAGAUGGUAAAAGAAGGCAUUGAAUGACGAUGAUUUUAACGUCGUGGAGUUUAUCAAUGGCCACUCAUGUGGUUGGAAUCUGUUGCCAGCUGUGUGUGCUCUUCGAUAUCUUUAAGACACAUGAGAUUUUGAGGCUCUUCAUCAAAUUCAAGCAGCUGAUGAGAUUUAUGAAACAUACACGGUCUGAGCACCUGUAUUGCCUCAUAUUGGAUGCUCCGUCUUCUCAACUGGUGCUACCAUGGAUGCUAUAGGUUCAGCUUCAGCUCAACCUUCAUUGAUAAUCUUGCCUACCUUCAUUUCCGUCUCGCAGCAUACUCAAAUUCAUGCUCAAAGCUCUCAAGGACUUUUUUGGUUGGUCAAGCUCUCAAGAAUAGUUCUCUUUGGUAGUGUAGAUAUAUAUAUUGGUUAUCACAUCAAAUAAAAAUGAUAUUUGGAUUUA